AUGUGGCGCUUAGAGGUGUCGGACGAUGGGGUCACUUGGAGCUUGGCCGACGCACGAAACACUCUGCAGCCUGUGACGUAUUAUCGCCGUCGCAUAGCAGCCUUCGGCAGCCAGGAGGAGGAUUCUUGGUAUCCUCUCCGGAGGCCAGAUGACCUGUGGCAAUGGGUCGACCGCACUCUGCCCAGUCAUCGAUCGCAAGUGACAGGCCCUGUGGCCUUGGAGUACCAGGCACUGCUAGUGAACACAUUGGGAGCAUCUCCAUGGGUGACGGUCCACCACCUUGCAUCAGACGACUAUGUCCGUCAAGAAGCAACGUUUUGGCUGACCAAUCUGCGCCCAGAUGUCCAGGUUUACGUGGAGCACAGCAACGAAGUCUGGAACCCAUUGUUUCCACAAGGUCGGUAUGCCACAGAGAAGGGCGUGGCGCUUGGACUUGUGGAUUCAACAUGCAGAACGUCCGAGCUUCACUGCGCUCGCGUCAGAUACAAUGCCUACCGCUCCAAGCAGAUCUUUGAUAUCUGGGCUGAUGUUUGGGCGAGCCAGCGGAGCCGAGUGAAAUUCGUCUUGUCGACUCAAGCAGUUUGGGCAGACGUGACCCGUGAUCUCUUCUCACAAAACAAUGCCGCCGGAGCAGACCUGCUGGGCAUCACCGGUUAUAUGAGCCCUACAGGUGGUAUUGACCAGUCCUACUCGGCCCGCACUCCUGCUGAAGUCAUCAGGCUGUUCACGGAGGGCAAAGAGAAUGCACGCUCCCACCUGCGAGCACAGAAAGCCCUCGCGGAAGAAGCUGGACUAGGCCUCGCCUUCUACGAGGGCGGAGUCGGCCUUGUUGAGGACGGGACCAUCGAGACGGGCCAGGCGAUUGGCUCCAUCACUGAGCUGCUCAUGGCCACAGGCCGCUCCCCAGAUUUUCAGGAAGCGGUGGAAGCGUGGCUGGAGAUGUUCCGGGAGGAGGUCGGAGACUCUUCUCUCUUCAUGUACUUCGUCGACACUGGCUUUUGGUCCAAGUACGGACAGUGGGGCAACCGUGAGUACUACGACGCCGCGACGGCCACCUCUCCAGCUGCAGCAGCUGUGCAUUCCUUCCUGGACAGGCUUGCAGGGAGCCGCCCAGCCUGUGUUGCCACCAACUCCGCAGGCAGAGGUCUUCCACCCGACAGCUUCCUUGGACCACCCGCUGUCUGGCAGCCGCAACAAGGAGCUAUGCUUGUGAGGGGCAAGCGCUAUACAGUCACCUGGGGCGAUGCAGAGCGUUUGCCAGCUGGGCUUGUCUUGGACUUGGGCUUAGUUGGAGUGUCAAGACUUCCACCUCUGGCAACGAAGCUCCUGUCCAGGAGAAGCCUCAAAGGCUCAGAAAAUGCUUUGGCCGGCACGUUCUCCUGGCAAGUUCCGACUGCUUUGGAGGCCGGCGAGGAGUACUUCGUUGAGUUGCGUCCGCGUGCUCCAGCUGCCGUGCCGAGCAACUACAGCGCUUUGUUCUCUGUAAUCGUAGAGGCAGAUGCCCCUGCGACCUACCUCCUCUAUGUUGAGAACGACGUGGAUUUGCUAUCUGCUUUUCAUCGCGACUGCAAGAAAGGGGACUGGGCCGUUGCUCCGUCCUUCAGAAUCCAGUCAUGUCUAUUCAGCUCUGCUGAGGGUUGCCGGCAGUACCGUACAUCACGGCAACACACUGGGCCUCCUCCGUAUUUGCACGGCUCCUUCCUUCCGGUGAAGGACUGCACAUUGCACGUGGUGGGCCUGAGACAAACGCUAAGGCUGGAGGGCCUGACUCGUGGAUUCGACUUGUCUUCGGAAGAUUCUCUGGCACGAGCGGUUGCCAACGCAUCGCUGCUCCCAGCUGGUGCGAUUUCCAUUUCUGUGGUCGGUGGAGAGUCAGGCCGGCGACUUGCUGAAACAACGGGUGCGAUCAUGCUGGAGGUCGGCAUGUCCUCAGAUGAUGCCAGCGUCGGUUCUGCGGCUGUGGGGCUGUCGACCCUGGGUGGCAACUCGCCUUUCCUGUCUGAGCUUGCAGCCGCGCUGGGCGAAGACAGCAUUAGUGUCGGCGUUGUGGGCAACCUGUCGGCCGUGGACGGCUCUUCUGAAGAACUUGCAGCGCAAUUCGUUGCGCAAACUACCAGCACCACAGCUGGCAUUACAAGCUCCGCUGCUGAUCGAAAUGCAUCUACGCCGCUGGGAUCGAGAUGGACAUACAUACUAAUCCAUCAGAAUCAGAAGGGCACAUUGUGGCACAUUGACAUGGUCCUUCAUAAUCCCAUGCCCUUGCCUUGUUCACCGACCUAG